AUGAAGUCCUCCAUGUAUGGCCAGGAGUGGGUGGCUGGGGAGACACUGGGUGUGAUGGUGGGAAGGUGUGGUGGCGGUGGUGAUGACGAUGAUGAGGAUGACAAUGAGGAUGACAGCUUGAAACACAGUCCUGUAAUUCUGAAGUCCAUGCUCCAAAGAAGGGGAGAUGGGAAGGGACAGGUCUCCUGUUCAGCUAACACAAGACCCCAGCUAGAGAUCAGAGACUGGGAGAAGCAUGAAAUCACGCAUUUAGUUGCUAUAGGUUGGCUACAGCCCUGUGCUAAAGGCCACAGCUAUCGCAGGUUGUCCUCUUCAUCACCUACCCUGUCGGGGUUCCAGUGGCCUCUUGCUCUCCUUCAGGAGGACAGUGAGAACCCCCACUUCACCAUCCCUACUGGCCGCCUAAAUCCUGUGCUUAGAUCGAACUGUAACAUUAUUCCAAUCACAUUUAUCUUGCAGGCGGCGGAGGAGGUGGCAGCCUCGCUGGAAACGCGCGGGGGAGCCGGCGCCCGCGGCCGGGGACGCACAGCGCGGCGCUCCAUCGCCACGCCGCCGCGCAGACCCUCCAUCUUCCUGCCUGGCCUCCGGGCCCCGCUCGCCCCUGCCUGCGGGGUCAGGCUCCUCUCUGGGGCUGCUGCCCGCCCCCAUCCCCCAGGCCUCCGCGGCUCUCCUGCCCGGUUCCCCUCCCCCGCCACACACGCUGACACGCGCGCGCGAACACACACUCACACACCCGCACACACCAGCGAGCGGCUGGCCUCUCAAUGGACCGAUUUCCCCUCUUUCCCUGAUCCCAGUCCAGCCCGGGAUGAGAAAUUGCAAAAUGGCCCGGGUCGCCAGUGUGCUGGGGCUGGUCAUGCUCAGCGUCGCCCUGCUUAUUUUAUCGCUCAUCAGCUACGUGUCCCUGAAAAAGGAGAACAUCUUCACCACUCCCAAGUACGCCAGCCCGGGGGCGCCCCGAAUGUACAUGUUCCACGCGGGAUUCCGACGGCAGAGUCGCAGGUCGGAGAAGCGGGGGACGCGGCCGCUGUCCGCGGUGCUGACUCCCCGGUCCGCGCCGCGCCCGGGCGCCGGCAGUGCUCCUGGCUCCCGCCCCUGAGCUCCGCGAGACGGCCAUUUUAUGGUCUCUCCCGCACCCGGAGGGUUGGACAAUGGAGACAGACCUCCCCAGUUUUCUUACUCCCUCACAGGUCACAGUUUGCGCUGAAGUUUCUAGAUCCGUCAUUUGUGCCCAUUACGAAUUCUCUGACCCAUGAACUCCAAGAGAAACCUUCUAAGUGGACAUUUAAUCGGACAGCGUUUUUACAUCAAAGGCAAGAAAUUCUUCAGCAUGUCGAUGUAAUAAAAAAUUUUUCUUUGACCAAGAAUAGUGUUCGGAUCGGACAACUGAUGCACUAUGAUUAUUCCAGCCAUAAAUAUGUUUUCUCUAUUAGCAAUAACUUCCGAUCACUACUUCCAGAUGUGUCUCCCAUUCUGAAUAAGCAUUAUAAUAUUUGUGCUGUGGUUGGAAAUAGUGGGAUCCUGACAGGGAGUCGGUGUGGACAAGAAAUAGAUAAGUCAGAUUUUGUUUUCCGUUGCAAUUUUGCCCCUACGGAGGCUUUCCAAAGAGAUGUUGGAAGGAAAACCAACCUGACCACCUUCAACCCCAGCAUCCUGGAAAAAUAUUACAACAAUCUUUUGACCAUUCAGGACCGUAACAACUUUUUCCUCAGUUUAAAAAAGCUCGAGGGGGCUAUUCUUUGGAUCCCUGCAUUUUUCUUCCAUACUUCUGCAACUGUCACCAGGACAUUAGUUGACUUUUUUGUUGAACACAGAGGUCAGUUAAAAGUCCAGUUGGCGUGGCCUGGAAAUAUAAUGCAACAUGUCAACAGGUACUGGAAAAACAAACAUUUGUCACCCAAACGGCUGAGCACAGGUAUUCUUAUGUACACCCUUGCAUCAGCAAUAUGUGAAGAGAUCCACUUGUAUGGAUUUUGGCCUUUUGGAUUUGACCCCAACACGAGGGAAGAUCUUCCAUACCAUUACUAUGACAAAAAAGGAACCAAAUUUACCACCAAGUGGCAGGAGUCCCACCAGCUGCCUGCUGAGUUUCAGCUGCUGUACCGAAUGCAUGGGGAAGGGCUCACCAAGCUGACUCUGUCACACUGUGCCUAAGAACUCCAAACAGAGAGUGCCAAUCGGCUGUUUAAAAAGUGCCCCAACUCACAAUGAAUAGUCUUCAGAAUCAAACCCUAGAGAAUUUCUUAUAAGGAUCGUGUGCCGUUUAAAAGGAAAGAUGUCUUCCCUCCCUUUUUUGCACUGCUCUUUUGAGUGUCUCAGCAGGACAAACGCACUGAAGCCACAUGAUUUCAACUUGACUGAUAAAGGAAAUGUUACAUUUGGAACUAUGUUGCUAACAGAAUGGUCUGAAGUAUUUUCAUCUUUGUAUUUUGAUAAUAAACUGCCUCCCAUUUUUUAGGAGGACUAGAGCUGUAGUUUCUACAGCUUUGCUUAGACACAGUCCUCAUAAUCAGAGGCCUCAGGCCAAUUUGGGCAGGAUUUCAGUUUUUGGGUGGGAUAAAACUCUCCAGAAUAGAAACAUAAAGAACUGAUUUGCAUCUCAUCUCUAUCUCCAACCAUGUCCCUUGCCCCACCACCAUGGAGUUUAAUAAUUUGCUAGGAAUCAUACUGAAUUAGCUUUGCUUGUAUCUGUUGCAUUUGUACUAGAUGUGUUCAAGGUUCUGGGUAACUUUGAUGUUUCAUGACAAACCGAGCAAAUCAUGAUAGACCCCCUUAUGAUUACUUUGGUAAGAAACACGUCUUACAAAGUUAUCACUAGUCCAUGAAGUCUACAACACGGUGGCCCCUCUGUGGUGCGUGGCUUAUAAUGCAGUGCAUCUCUCACUACCAGAAAGAAAGCCUGUGUCAUGGGUGGCACUGUAUUUCUUGCCAUGAGUGCUAUUAUGGCAGAUGACUUAUUACCACAUUUGCAAGGGCAUUCCAGCAUGAGUUUAGUGCCUACACAAUCCCAACCCAGGCACUGGGCUGGGAAUCCUCUCAAAAUAUAGAGACAGUGAAUCAGCUUAAAAACCUGGGAAGCCUGGGACAUAAAGAAGAAAACGAAGAAGAAAAUGAAGUAGAAUGCUUAGAAAUUGUUAUGAAGUUGUAUAUACCCUGAAGUGUUGUAACCAAGCUGCCUGUUCAGAGCUGUUGAGACCCAGCAGGGUUAGAGAAUAGAAGCUUCCAGGUUGGCCCAGCCAGGCCCCCAUGUGAAUAGGGCUGAAGUGAGGUCCUCUGUGGUGUCACUGUGCUCACCAGCACCAUUUGUCCUCUUUAACACUGUAUGAGGAGACACUGUAUAGUCUCUCUUUCCACUGGAACUGGAUCUGUGCAUCUACAAAUUAAGCAUUUCCAAAGGAAGAGCCACUAGGUAGUGGCAAGAUUUGGUACAAAAUAACCCUUGAAAUUUAAAGGAAUUAGUUAGCCAUUCUCUUCUUCAUUAUUUCAGCUUUAGAAGUUGAAAUCACAUCACUCCAGUCCCUGGCUUUUCACAGAGCAGCACUUUAUUCUUCCAGUUCAGCCCAAAGUCUGGCCAAGUUGAUGUUAAAUUUUAAUAAGAGUUUCUUCUUUCCAAAUGCCAGUCAAGCACAUUUAUGAUAUAAUUGGGUGGGGUGGCUUGUUCUUUUCCAGAAAUCUCAUCUAGGUUGCCUACAAUGUUACAAAUACUGUUUAAAAUAAUUGCUGUAAUUUGAUCAAUAAAUAUGAGAGAUGCCCUCUCAAAAAAAAAAAUAAUAAUAA